CAUCUCAGAUAUCACGCAACUCUUCCUGAUCUGCCGCCCUCCCCUGAGGCCCCUGUUGACACAGGACGCCCACCUCCUAUGCAGUUACAUUUAGGGAGGCAGGUUCAUUCUAUUCUUGAAGCUAUCUCCAGUUGGAAGAGUUGCAGGAGUGCCAAAUGGAGGUGUACAGAAAGAAGGGCACACUUGCCAUUGUCGGACUUGUGGCUUUGUAGUUCUUUAACUGUUUUAUUUUUUUAAAGGAGGGUUGUUUUUUUUUUAUCUUUAGGGGUAUUGGUUUCUGUUGAUUAUUUCUGGAUUCAUUAUAUAUUUCUAAAUAUUAUUCAUUUAAAUAUUUACAUCAACUUUGUGGACGUUGGCAGCAGUGAUAUUUUUUGCAUUACACUGACUUCCAACUGGUUGGCAUUAGUUUUUGUUGCCACCAUGAGUUCUGUGGAAGCUAGUCCUGGAUUUGAUUUAAUCCAGGUCAGGAUUGAGUCUCUAAGCAGCAAAAUGGACACGCUCAUUAGCAUCCAGGAGAAAGUCCUCUACCGUCUGGACAGCAUGUCUGAGGAACUGGUUGGGAUAGAACGAGACAUGGAAACUCUGAAAGUAGACAAGGAGGAGAUGCCUCCAGCAAGCCGCACUAAGGGACCAGCCCGAGGCAUUGGCGGAGAGAUGAAAGAAAUGUGCCAAGAAAUGAACAGCAUCAUGACAGCCGUAAACAAGCGUUCAGAACAGCAGACCCAGAAGCUGGAAGGCAUGGAGAGGCUCGUGAUGAGCAUCCAGCAGGUGGUCAGCUUCAUCGGGGAAACCGUCAAGACUUCCAAAAUCACAGAACUCAUGUUCAAGGGGCCAGCAGCACGCAAGAGCAAAGCAGCAUUAGCCCCAGGGUGCAAGAACCAGGAUAGCAAACAUGGUGCUAAGAGACAGGCCUCAGGUGAGCCUGUACCAGGAAAGAAAACUACCUCUACUAAACCAGAAGCGUUAACCAUGACAUGUGAGCCCAGCAGCCCGGAGUCUACUCAUAAGCUAAAGCUUCACGGACCAAAGCAUUUCCUUUCCUCAAAGAAAUCCUUCAAAUUUCUUCGCUCAUCCUUUUCAUUGACUUCAAAAUUGAAGGAUCACAAGUUUAAAGAUGGGAAGGAGAAGGGUCAACUGAGCUUUAAGGGGCUGAAGGCGCAGAAGAAAAAGAAGCCCCCAGACACUACAGACUCUGCCUCUGUGAGGAAGCAGGCCCUGCUUCUGGAGGAGGUUCAGAAGCUUAACAGAGAGAAUGCUGAGCGCUCAAUAUCAUCCACAGCAUCAGAAGCUGAGGAGCCCCUCAGCCAAAACCUUCUGGAUUUCAUCCUGGAUCAAGCCAAAGUUCCUGUGGUCGAGCUUUUACCAGACAGCCAGGAGAGCAGCAUCGAGUCAGUAGAAGAGGAGGAGAAAGCGGAGGAGGAGAAAGCGGAGGAGGAGGAAGCAGAGGAGAAAGCGGAGGAAGAGAAAGCGGAGGAGGAGAAAGCCGAAGACAUUCAGGAUGAAGCGGAUGAGAUGGUUGACAAAUCCGAAGAGGAGCUCAAAGAGGUGGUUGAAGAAGAGAGCAAAGAGGAAAAUUCUGCCAUGGUCGAUGUUAUGGAGGCUGAGAACACUGUGGCACCACAGAGCGCUGAACCGGUAUCGCUGCACGAAGUCACCACGAGCAGCGAACACCGUGCGUCAGAACCGCAGACCUGUGAAAAAACCAGCCAGGAAGCCAACGAAGACCAAACGCAUGCUCCGGAAGAUCUGUGUGGCGUUUUCAAAGCAGGCGAAGUCGAAAUCCAUUUAGAUUUCAGCAAAAAGAAGAAAGAGGAAGAGGAACAGUUUGACGACAGCGAGUGCGAGCAGUUCUUCAUCGACUGCACCCCUCCAGCGGCAGCUCCCUUCAGCCACCGUGUGGUUUCGGCCAAACCCAACCAAAUCAGUAACUUCUACACCAUCAACCACCAGGAGAUCCUCGGAGGAGGACGUUUCGGUCAGGUGCACAAAUGUAUCGAGAAUUCCUCUGGACUCACUUUGGCUGCCAAGAUCAUUAAAACACGGAAUCUAAAGGAAAAGGAGGUGGUGAAAAAUGAGAUUCAGGUCAUGAACCAGUUGGACCAUGCCAAUCUGAUCCAGCUCUACGCCGCCUACGAAUCCAAGAACGACAUCAUCCUCGUCCUUGAAUUUGUGGAUGGUGGUGAGCUCUUCGACAGGAUCAUAGAUGAGAACUACACACUGACUGAGCUGGACACGGUCAUGUUCGUCAGACAGAUCUGUGAGGGUCUGCGCCAUAUACAUAAAAUGUACAUCAUCCAUCUGGACCUGAAGCCUGAGAAUAUCCUGUGUGUUAGCAGACUGACCAACAAAAUCAAGAUCAUUGACUUUGGACUUGCAAGAAAAUACAAUCCCCGGGAGAAGUUACGAGUGAAUUUUGGCACACCGGAGUUUCUCGCACCGGAGGUGAUCAACUAUGACUUUGUUUCUUUCAACACGGACAUGUGGAGCCUUGGAGUCAUCACAUACAUGCUCCUGAGUGGUUUGUCUCCGUUCCUCGGUGAUGAUGAUAAUGAGACACUGAACAACAUCCUGGCCUGCCAGUGGAACUUUGAGGAAAGCGAGUUCAAAGGCAUUUCAGACGAGGCCAAGGACUUCAUCUCCAGACUGCUUGUCUACAAUAGAAGUUGGAGGAUAGGUGCAGGUGAAGCUCUGAAGCAUCCUUGGCUUUCAGACCCAUUGCUCCAUCAUCACCUGCACACAAAGAAGAACAUGUGUCAAUCACGUAGAAAUUCGUGUGUUCCUCCACCCGAGAGCUAAUAUCUGGCUUUGUUUCUGCCAACUGAUGCUAUCUGGACCAAGCCUGCUGUGCUUCUAAUUACUGGACAGUACUUGUAAAACUACCUACCUUAUGCUGUUUGGGUAAUUUGUUGCAGAAAUAUGUCCCAUUCUGGUAAUUGCAGUCACAGAUCAUUAUGGUUAACGUCAUUAUCCGUUAGUUAAUAAAGUGCGUAGUUAAAUGGUAUAGCAUCUCAUAACCCAGUCUUCCCCAAACACCAUAAGAUCUUAAAGAGAUUAUUUGGGAUAUUUUAUUAGGAGUUACAGUGAUCAGAAAUAAUAAUCAUAACUGUUCGGUUUUUCCUGGAUUUUUCCCACCAUUUGCAUUUUUAAAAGCAUUUAGAGUACCACUUUACAAUGAAUAAGUAAGGAAUAACAGACUUUUGGGGUGUGCAUUUAUAGGAAAAUAGUCAAAUAUUAGGAGGUGUGAUGAAGUGGAGUAAGUAACAGAACAUCCUGAAGUGUUUCAUUCCUCUUUCACCACAGCAGUUUACAACUAUUUAUUAAUUAAAGAACGACAGAAUGACAUUAUUAUUUUUUAUCCAUUAUAGAUACGUUUAACAUCGUGGAAUACCCACAAAACCAGGAAGUGGCUCCGUCACCAGACGUCAUUCUUUCUCUUAGCGGUUAUCAAAACACAAAACACACAGCUUGUCACGUUAUCAAGAAAAUGAAAGUCUCCUGGAGACUGUUUCCUGUGGUGGAAAACAUAACGUUACAGCUUUAACACUGGAGACUCCUUCCAACAACAUUAAAUAAACAGUUGCUUACAGAUAACUUAAUCAUGUCAACGAUGAUACGUUUUCGUUUCUGUCGUUAUAUAACAAGACCGUGUGUUGUUGCUACGAUGACGCCUUAGAACGAGUGCAUCAAUCAAGCUCUGAUUUGAGAAUUCAACAUAGCUGUCGUAGAAUAAAUGUUAUUGAACGUACUACUAUAAUAAAUGAGCAUGUAUAAAGAUAAAAGAAUCGUGACUGGAAUUACCCGAGGGCGCUUGAAGUGUUUGUUACUGUGUAUUAUGUGCGUAGCUUAAGCAUGGUAUUGCAGACUACUAUGACAACAAUGAAAAACAAUGAAAAAAAAGCAAAAAUAUAUAUUUUUUAUAUAUAGUUUGAUAUAUAUGUAUGAUGACGUAUGAUAGAGGUCUUGAUUUAUACCUAAAAUUCUACAUUAGAUCAUAUUAAUUUAGGGAUGCAUGAUCUCUUGCAGUGUUUCUGUACAUAAUUAUUUUUUUCUGUAAUGGUACAAUAUGACCCUUUUCUCUGUGGUACACUGUGUAAAGAAGUAAAUAUUCAAGCGUCUUGACUUACUGUACUGUGACGACCGAUUAACCCAUGACAUUUCAGAGUGUAAUCUCUUCAUCUUUAUAUGACGAUGCAUUAAAUCUGAUGAGGUGGGAUCGUAAAAAAAAAAAAAAAAAAUGUCCAAACACUAUUUAUAUUGUCUUUCUUUCUUUCUUUCUUUAUUUCUUUCUUUCUUUAUGUUUUUGAUUAUAAUUCGUUCUUUUUUUUAUUAUAAAAGUUUGCAAAGCUAAAAGAAUUGAUAUUAUUUGUCGGAAGAGCGGAAGUGUGAAAACACCCGAGUUAAUUACUGAGUAAAUUGUCUGUGAUGUUCAGGAUUGAGCUGCACAUUGCUCUGUUAAGCUGCAUUCUGUGCACUUUAUGACUUCAUUUUUAUUUAUUUAUUUUUUUUUUACAAAUUUACAAGAUUAACAGCCGAUACAAUUUUACCACAAAUCAUGUAACUUUUCCAUACUUUAUAUGUGUGAACGAUGAACAGGAAACAUUUUAAAAGUUACAUUAAAGUAAUUUAAGUCUUA